AUGGGUCAGACGAGACAUACCCUCCUCAUCUACGGCGCUACAGGCUACACCGGUCGCCUUGCCUGUGAGCAAGCUCAAAAGGUCGGCCUGGACUUCACCGUUGCUGGCAGGACAGCAUAUGGACUCGAGAAACUCGCCAAAGAACUUCAAGUCCCAUAUCACGCAUUCGAAGUCAAUGACGCAAUUACAACCAUGCACGAGCUACCGACCUGUCAUACCCUCUUGAACUGUGCUGGCCCUUUCUCUCGCACGGCCAAGCCUCUGAUGACAGCUUGCAUCAGGCACCACAUCAACUAUCUCGACAUUGCUGCGGAGUUAGACAGUUAUGAGCUGGCCGAGACACUGGAUCUAGACGCCCGUCAAGCUGGGGUGAUGCUCUUGCCAGGCUGUGGUGGAAGUGUUGCAAUGCUUGGGUGUCUAGCGAGGCGUACGAUGGAAAUUGCAGCCUCCCCAGUUCAGAGGCUUAACAUCGCACUCCACGUUGCAGGCGCCAUGUCUCGAGGCUCAGUGGCCAGCGCGAUGGGUGGCAUGACGAAUGCUCCACUCGAGCGACGAAUGGGAGAACUAACUGCGAUCGAGGAUAUUGUGCCGAUGGAAUUCGACUUUUUGGAUGGUAGAGGUCGGGUAUCCUGCGCUCCAAUGACCUUGCCGGAUUUAAUUACUGCUAGUAAAGUAACAGGGAUCGAGAAUAUUCGAACUUUUGUUAACGUGUCCGCGGUCGCGUUACCCGCCGAAGGUCCCGAGGGAAUCUCUGACGGACCCUCAGAGCGAGACAGAGAUUUAAACCCAUACCACGCCGCAGCGGUCAUGGAAUCAACCGACGGUAGUGUGGCAAUGAAGGUUCUCCACACCGUCAAUGGGUACACGUUCACGGUUAAGGCAUCUAUCGAAGCUGCACAUCGGGUUCUUGAGGGGACAUCACAGCCAGGAUUUCAAACUCCAGCUGGGAUCUUUGGAACCGGCUUCGUUGAAAGCAUUGCGAACUCAAAAUUUAUAGAUAUUGUACAAUAA